AUGCGUUCAAUCCGACUUACAGAUAUGGGCUCGCGACUAGAGGAGUCGAACGAAGCCAUGUUUCGAUCAGCCCCAAUGACGCUAGUGCAAUUCUACGUGACGAUUGAGUUGGCAAGAGACAUGGUCGGGGCUCUUGGAUCGCUCGGCUGCGUUCAGUUUCGAGAUCUAAACUCCAGACUCACCCCUUUCCAGCGCACAUUUGUGAAUGAGUUGAGGUUGAUCGACGCCAUGGUUGCGCAGUUGGGUUUUCUUCAUUCAAUCAUGUUGAGGCAGCACACCAUCAAAGGCGAUUAUUAUUCGCAUCUAAAAGCCGAUAAGAAGCCGAUUUCUAGCACGUCGGAAAUGGACCAGUUCAAGUCCCGGCUCGGGGAGUACUAUUCCAGGAUCAAGCAUUUGGACGAGUCGUUUACAAAGUUGGCCAACCAGAAAUUGAAGUUGAUUGAAAAUAGAAACGUUGUCAAUGCCCUUAACAAGUUCCACAAGUCUCCCUUGGUGGACAAUGAUGCUGGCGACGAGUUUGAAGGCCGACAUUUUGACAGCGCUGACAACGCCAGUGCCGAGGACGCCAGCGCGGCUUUGCUCAGUGCUCACCGAGCAAACAGCUUGGAGCUUGGAUUUGAAGUAGAGGAUUUGGACGACAAUACGGGUUUCAACACCAUUGCGGGCACAAUCGCAACUGAAAAGACCCCCAUCUUGAGAAAUAUCUUGUGGAGGACUCUUAGGGGAAACUUGUAUUUCCAUGAUGUGGCCAUGGAAGGCGAGUUUCCAGCAAGCGAGAACUCUACAGAUUUGGUUUCCAAAAACGUAUUCAUCAUCUUUAUCCACGGUGACGCGUUGAGGUCAAGGGUUAGGAAAAUCAUUGUCUCCUUGGACGGUGUCAUUUUCGACAAUGCUACGGGGGGCGCCAUGGCUAGAAAAGCCACCAUGGAAGAGAUUAAUGCCAAAAUUACAGAGUUGAACAGCGUGGUUUUGAACACGAGGGAUCAGUUGGUGACGGAGUUGAAAGUGUUUCAAGAGUUGUGUCCCGACUAUUCGUACAUUGUGCAAAGAGAAAAGUUGAUAUACGAGACCUUGAACAAGUUUGAUGAAGAUAGCACCCGAAGGUGCCUAGUGGGAGAAGGGUGGAUCCCAAGUGCCGAGUUUGAUAGCGUCAAGAAAUGCUUGAAAAAAUUAAUCAGAGCCAAGACCAGGCGCAACAAUAGUGAUUCUGUAGAGUCGUUGAGAAUGUCAGGGACGUUGGAAACAGAGUCGUCGAUGUUUGUUAUCGGGGACGAUGACCAUGAUGUAUCGGCCGUGCGGCAAAAUGAACACGAACAAGAAGAAGAGGAGGAAGGGGACGAAGACAGCAAUGAAGAGACUGGCUCAUUGAUUGCAGUUGUCAAGGAACUAGCAACAAAUAGAACACCGCCCACUUUUCACAAGACCAAUAAAUUUACAGCUGCGUACCAGCUGAUUAUCGACGCUUAUGGUAUAGCUACUUAUCAGGAAGUGAAUCCGGGGCUUGCCACAAUCAUAACUUUUCCAUUUAUGUUUUCCAUCAUGUUUGGAGACUUGGGUCACGGGUUGAUUGUUUUGCUAAUGGCCUUGUACUUGAUCUACAAUGAAGUCCUGUUUGGUGCCAUGCGCAAUAAGGAUGAGAUAUUUGCCAUGGCGUUCAAUGGAAGAUACAUCAUAUUGUUGAUGGGGCUCUUUUCAAUGUACAUUGGGUUCAUUUACAACGAUGUCUUUUCCAAAUCCAUGACCUUGUUUCUGUCGGGCUGGAGGUGGGAAGUACCUGAAAACUAUGACCCGACAAAGGGCGGUCCCAUAACUGCGAAGAAGAUCCCCGGUAAAACAUAUCCGUUUGGCUUGGACUGGGCGUGGCAUGGCACGGAAAACAAUCUUUUGUUUACAAAUUCGUACAAGAUGAAACUAUCGGUGUUGAUGGGAUACGUCCACAUGAACUAUUCGCUAAUGUUUAGCUUGGUCAACUACAUUUUUUUCAACAGGAAAGUUGACAUCAUUGGGAACUUUAUCCCGGGUUUCCUUUUCAUGCAGAGUAUAUUUGGCUACUUGGCACUCACGAUUGUUUACAAAUGGUCUGUCGAUUGGCUCGGUAAAAACAAGCAGCCACCGGGUCUUUUGAAUAUGUUGAUCAACAUGUUCUUGUCACCGGGAACCAUAGAGGAACAAUUGUACCCGGGCCAAAAGUAUGUGCAGAUUUCCCUUGUCUUGAUAGCUGCAGUCUGUGUUCCAUGGCUACUCAUAUACAAACCGUUUGUGCUUAAACGUCAAAACGAUAGAGCGGUGCAGCUUGGAUACUCGGAUAUCAAUUCCCAAAGACAGCAUUCAAUCAUUCUACACGAAGAGGAAGAAGAAGCUAUGAACAUCGAAGACGUCUUGAACGAUGAUCCAUUGUAUCCUAGUAAUGAGGACGACAGCGAGGACUUUCGGUUCCCCAACGACAUGGAGCCAAUGGUCCACUCUGCAGCCGCAGCACACGGAGACGACCAAGGAGGGUUCAACUUUGGAGAUAUUGUUAUUCACCAAGUCAUCCACACCAUCGAGUUUUGCUUAAACUGCGUCAGUCACACCGCUUCGUACUUGAGAUUGUGGGCUCUUUCAUUGGCGCAUGCGCAGUUGUCAACAGUGCUAUGGUCUAUGACGAUACAAAAUGCGUUUGGCAAGACCGGAACGGUGGGGGUCAUUGCCACGUUUAUGUUGUUUGCAAUGUGGUUUCUGUUGACUGUUUGUAUCUUGGUUUUCAUGGAAGGCACUUCGGCCAUGUUACAUUCGCUAAGGCUCCACUGGGUGGAAGCAAUGUCGAAAUUUUUCGAGGGAGAGGGUUACGCUUACGAACCUUUUACUUUCAAACAUAUAGAGGUAUAG